AUGUCUUUGCCCAAAGACUUCAAGUGGGGCUUUGCUACGGCAUCCUACCAAGUCGAGGGAGCCACCGACGAGGACGGCCGUGGCCCAUCCAUCUGGGACACCUUCUGCAAGAUCCCAGGCAAGAUCGCUGACGGUAGCGAUGGCUCCGUGGCCUGUGACUCGUACCACCGGACGGCAGAGGACAUCGCCCUGCUGAAGUCUCUGGGCGUCAACUCGUACCGCUUCUCCCUCUCGUGGUCCCGCAUCAUCCCCAUUGGCGGCCGCAACGACCCCGUCAACCAGGCUGGCCUCGACCACUACAGGAAGUUCGUGGACGACCUCCUCGACGCCGGCAUCGAGCCCUUCAUCACGCUGUACCACUGGGACCUGCCCGACGGGCUCGACAAGCGGUACGGCGGCCUGCUGAACAAGCAGGAGUUCCCCCUCGACUUCGAGAACUACGCCCGCGUGGUCUUCAAGGCCAUCCCCAGGUGCAAGUACUGGAUCACCUUCAACGAGCCCUGGUGCAGCUCCAUCCUGGGCUACAGCACCGGCUACUUCGCCCCGGGCCACAGCUCCGACCGCGCAAAGAGCCCCGUCGGCGACAGCUCGCGCGAGCCGUGGCUCGUCGGCCACAACCUGCUGCUCGCCCACGGCCGCGCCGUCAAGGUCUACCGCGAGGAGUUCAAGCCCACCGACAAGGGCGAGAUCGGCAUCACCCUCAACGGCGACGGCGUCUACCCCUGGGACCCAGAGGACCCGGAGGACGUCGAGGCCGCCGACCGCAAGAUCGAGUUCGCCAUCAGCUGGUUCGCCGACCCGGUGUACUUCGGAAAGUACCCGGACUCGAUGCGCAAGCAGCUGGGCGACCGUUUGCCCGAGUUCACCCCGGAGGAGGCCGCCCUGGUCAAGGGCAGCAACGACUUCUACGGCAUGAACCACUACACGGCCAACUACAUCAAGCACAAGACCGGCACCCCGCCCGCCGACGACUUCCUCGGCAACCUCGAGACGCUCUUCUACUCCAAGAAGGGCGAGUGCAUCGGCCCGGAGACGCAGAGCUUCUGGCUGCGGCCCAACCCGCAGGGCUUCCGCGACCUGCUCGGCUGGCUGUCGAGGCGCUACGGCUACCCCAAGAUCUACGUCACCGAGAACGGCACCAGCCUCAAGGGCGAGAACGACAUGAAGCUCGAGCAGAUCGUCGAGGACGACUUCCGCGUCGAGUACUUUGACGGCUACGUCAAGGCCAUGGCCCUCGCCUCAAAGGAGGACGGCGUCGACGUCCGCGGCUACCUGGCCUGGUCGCUCAUGGACAACUUCGAGUGGGCCGAGGGCUACGAGACGAGAUUUGGUGUGACGUACGUCGAUUAUGUGAAUGACCAGAAGCGAUAUCCGAAGAAGAGCGCAAAGAGUCUGAAGCCGCUGUUUGACAGUCUCAUCAAGAAGGAUUAA